UUCCCCCAAAUCAAGCAGAAAAACAAUUACACUUGUAUUCAGUUUCAUCCAAAACAAAGUUCAACCAGAGAGAGAGAAAAACAACAAAUAAUCACAACAAUGUCUGGAAGAGGAAAAGGAGGAAAGGGUCUCGGAAAAGGAGGAGCAAAACGACACCGUAAGGUUCUAAGGGAUAACAUCCAAGGAAUAACAAAACCUGCAAUUCGUCGUCUCGCAAGACGUGGCGGUGUGAAGCGUAUAAGCGGUCUUAUUUAUGAAGAAACUCGUGGCGUUCUCAAAAUCUUCCUUGAGAACGUGAUUCGCGAUGCUGUUACCUAUACUGAACAUGCUCGCCGCAAAACUGUUACUGCUAUGGAUGUUGUUUAUGCUCUCAAGAGACAGGGGAGAACACUUUACGGCUUCGGUGGGUAGUGAAUUGGGGGAUUUCUCAAUUUAGGGUUUUCAAAUUUUAAUGUUCAUGUAUAUUGUGUUGUAGAAGUUAUUGUUUUUGCUUUGGUAUGAGUUGUUAAUUGUUAAUCUGAAUUUUCAAUCUAUGAAUUAAUUUGAUCAGUUUUGUUUUUUUGAUAA